AUGAACUUUUUCAUUAUUCUUGUGUUUCUUAUUGGGGUCACGACGACGUCGCCGAUUGCCGAUGAUGAGCCGCCGACGUCGACGCAUCCCACUUUUGCAGUUCAACGCCUUGAUGCACCCAUUGAAAGAAUCGAAAUCCGAUUGAUCGAUGAGAAUCAGACAAGAAGCGAACCGACGACGACAACACAACAGCCAAUAACUGAACCAGAAGCGCGAAGUGUUCAGAUGACGAACGAGCAGGAAAAGUAUGAAUAUGUUGUGCAGGCGACGCCGACGUCCGAUGAUCCGGUGGUAGUCGGCGACGAUCCUUCAUACUACACUACUAUGUCCAGCGAACGUGAAGAGUUUCAAGCAAAAGCUUGGGUCUCAGUGGCGCCGACUUCAAUACCAAGAUUCGAUGGCGACAUCGAUGAGGACGACCUUCCACCCCGUCCAGAUCAAUCCUCAUCGGACGCGAAGGAGCCCGAAGAGGAAUGUCUGGCGAAUCAGGACCAACUAAGUGAUGAGGUGAUUGCCAGGUUGAAGCACGAGACAAGCGUCUACUACAAGCUAAUCAUGCGUCGAAAUGAGCAGCAGAAAGAGCAAUGUCGGGGCGCGAUCAGCGAGGAAAUGUUCCGACGCUGCAGCGAUUGGCGAGCCGAGAAGCUCGUCUACUACUACAAACUAAUGCGCAAAACCUAUUGCCAAGUCGACAAUUGGCCGAAUCCGACAAAAGCCAAAAAGACGUACGGCGAGUACCUCAAUCUGUUCGGCACCUUCUACGCAUUCCAAAAAUAA